UUGUUUGUACGCGUGUGUGUGUCUCUCUCUGUGUGUGUGUGUGUAUGUUGGUGUUACAUACAUACGCUUCUUGACGUUGUGUGUCCCAGCCCCCCCCUCUACCCACUUUUUAAAUACCAAUCCCUGCUUCCCCCCCGGCCACGGCCCGCCUUCCAGACUUAAGUGAACGCCACAUUCUAUGGUUAAUUUCAACAAAUAAUUCAUCAAAUUACGCAAAAUAAUUCCAUUAAUCAAAAUGAGCAGCUCCGAGGAAGUCUCCUGGGUUACCUGGUUCUGCGGGCUUCGCGGCAAUGAGUUCUUUUGCGAGGUUGAUGAGGAUUACAUACAGGACAAGUUCAAUUUAACUGGAUUAAAUGAGCAGGUGCCCAACUACCGUCAGGCUUUGGACAUGAUAUUGGAUCUGGAGCCGGAGGAUGAACUUGAAGAUAAUCCCCUGCAAUCGGACAUGACCGAACAGGCAGCUGAAAUGUUGUACGGGCUCAUACACGCUAGAUAUAUAUUAACAAAUCGUGGCAUCGCUCAAAUGAUUGAGAAAUAUCAAACUGGCGACUUUGGACAUUGCCCACGUGUCUAUUGCGAGAGUCAGCCCAUGUUGCCUUUGGGCCUUUCGGAUAUACCCGGCGAGGCAAUGGUGAAAACCUAUUGCCCCAAGUGCAUUGAUGUUUAUACACCAAAAUCAUCGCGUCAUCAUCACACUGAUGGCGCCUAUUUCGGCACUGGUUUUCCACACAUGUUGUUCAUGGUGCAUCCCGAGUAUCGCCCCAAGCGCCCUACUAAUCAAUUUGUUCCACGUCUGUACGGCUUUAAAAUUCACAGCUUAGCUUAUCAAAUUCAGCUGCAGGCAGCAGCCAAUUUCAAAAUGCCACUACGAGCGCAGCAGCGCGGCCAGCCACCAAAGGACGAAGAGCCUGAGAACAAUGCCAUCGAUACGAUUCCAAAGCGCAUCUAAAAGUGCAGCACUGCAGCGGCCGUUACAACAAAACUCACACACACACACAUGCAAACACGCCACACACUCUGACAGCAACACGCAAACACACACACAUGCAUACGUAAUACAUUGACACAAGCAGAAGCAGCAGCCACAAAGAACGCCGUUGAGGAAUGUACAACCCGCCCCACGCCCCCCACACCAUCCAAGAAAGGACCAACUAUGCAAUCCGCCGGCAUUCGCGAGGCUUGUGCGAAAACAAUUAUGUUUCGAUAUCGAAAGAAGACACACACACACACAAACAGACUGGGACGAGCAUACACAUACACAGAAACAUGAAUUCAAAAAUAAGAAGAUGAAAAAACUCAGCUUUGUCAGCCCUGGUACGUGCGUGCAGCAGGCGCAAUCAAUUCAAUUUUAUUCUUUGCAUUUUAUUUACUAAGUGAGCGGCUAAAGUUUAGAAUAGUUUUAAAUAUUUAGUCAAGUGCCCUUUUAACCCUUACCCAUCAGCCCUCCCCUCCCCUCCCCAACCCCAGCAAGUCCUCAAACACACACACAUACCAACCCGAAGCCCAUCCUAACAGAGCAUAAUGGCAAAUAUUAGCAAUUAUCAACUUAGGCACGUUUGCUCAUGUUUAUGUCGAAAGUUAACAGCUCGUGUACUUGUUAACUGAUCUUCCUGUUAAAUGUUAGCAAGCAGCGCUGCCAGCUUGCUAAACCGUUCGUUGCACAUCUUGCGAUUGAUCGAUAAAUAUACAUAGUUCAUCGUUUAUCGAGCAGCCAUGGUGGCCUUGCGUUGAGUUGUUGCCAACUUAACGAUGUGGCGUUGCCAAUGCGCGCCAUAAAAUAACAAAAAAAAAAACAAAAACAAAAACAAAAAACAAAACAAAACCUCCUGUCAAGCUGAACUACUUGUUAACUUUAACAGAAACAUUAGAAAAUGUGCCUAUCAAAA